GAUAUCACAAUGUUAUUGUUCGUUUGCGCAAAUGUAAUAACUGUCUAACCAUUCAUGCCAUUAAAGUACAAUCUUAAUAACUGGUAAUGUUAUGAUCAUUAUUUUACCAUUGUUAACAGAUGAUGUAUAUUUUUAACAAAAUUGGGAACAAGUGAAUUUUACAUCCCACAUGGAGGAGCACUUAAAGGAGGAUGGACUUAAGCAAGUGGUAAAAAAUGAAAGGGCAAACAGUCAGUUUGGAAAGUGCCAGCAAGAGGGAAUCUUUAAUUUCUAGUGAUAUAGACAAAACUAAUGUGAUUUUAGAUAAUCAAGAAACUUUCAGCAAUAUUCAAAUGACUGAUGCUGACUUUGAGGUGCAGAUAAACGUAUAUAAGAAAGAUGGUCCGCUCGUUUCUAGUGCAAAAAAGGAUCAUGUAAAUAAUUUUUUGGAUAGUCAUGUAAAACAAGUAAAUUUUCAAAAAUUAGGUGAUCAUGAAUAUUGUUAUAAUAAACCACAUUCUGGUAUGUCAGCAUCUAAGCCAUCAGCUGAUUGCACUUUGAAUACAAACCUUUUAUUAUCAAAUUUGUCAACAUGUGUGGAAACUGAAAGUGCAGAAGAUGAUAUUGUUGUUCCAGUAUCAGUUUCUUCAGAGGAAAGUAGUGGAAAAUUUAAUACUGCAGUAACUUUUACCCCUGUUGCUUCUAAUGUGGCCAAGGUUUUACCAAGUGAUAUUCAGAACAAAUCAAAUCAAAAUCCAAAACAAAUAGAUGUUUUUGAUCUAACUUUGAAAAAGAAUCUAACAGAACCUAUCUUUGGGAAAAGCACUAAUUUGAGAAGUGUCGAAUGCCCCAAAUUAAGCAGGGGAAAUAUUAAGUUAUUGUUAAAGUUUCUAGAUGAUCCAGAACAUAAUAUCAAAGAUUUGGAAUUGAUGACAUUAUUAGCAACUAGUAGCUUGCCGUAUGAUAAAUCAUACGUACUAACUCCUCAACUUUUAAGAUGGUCAAAGCUACUAACAAAACGAAAAAUUGGAUCAACGGAAGUGCUUUGCUUGUGUGGUUCACAAAAAAUAAUUUUACCCAAAGAAGAGUAUAAAUCUGUAGUUAUGGAAGCACACCUGGGUUCUGGGCGUUUUGCUGAAAGCGACAUUACAAAUAAUAAAGUUCAACAUAACAGCUUUGCACAAACUAUAGAACUGAUUGAAAGUAACUAUGGCGUUGGUGAAAAAGAAUUUGGUAUGAGCAAAUCUUUUAUACACCAAGUUAUAUCAACUUGCACAAAAUGUACAUCUGAAGAUUUAAAACAGGAGUUAGAUUCAAAUGUAAUCUUUGACCCUGAUAUUUUAAACGAAAGUAGAAAUUUUGAUUUAAAUGAAGCUCCUUUAACAAUGGCAUGGGGCAGACCAUCACCUGGAUCAAUAUGGUUUAACCAAAAAGGUACCUCCUAUGUCAAUGCUUAAGAAAUAUUAUUCAAGUGUAUUCCACAGGUACUGUUCAAUAUGUCCUGUUAAAACGUAGAGUAGAGUGUGCAUGUGUUUGCUUUUUAUACUGCAUGUGAUGAUUUCUCAUCACUUUUUAGUCAACUGUGUCGACACACUUUCCUGCAGCUAAUAUAUACUUCAUUAAAUUUAAUAAUAAAAAAAAUCUCUUGCAUUUGAUACUGUUUUACGGCCAUUAUUCUUUACCUUUUUAUUUGUAGCUUUAUCUUUCCAAUAUGACAUUAUUAAAUUAUUUGAAUUUAAUUUGUGCAAGAAAUAUAGGUAUUUUAAGAAAUAUAAAUGCAUCAAUAAUACUGUGUUCUAGUGAUUCUUGUUAUUUUUCAUCAGUUUAAGGAUUGUUAUCAAGCAUUUGAUAGUUCUUCAGAUAUAGGAUUACAAGCAUAGAGUACUAAGAGAACAUAAAAAAUAAGACAAUCACUCAGGGAAAGAAAACAAGUCAUCUCGAACCGGUUCAAACUUGCAUUAGUUUAUUUUACCAAUAUCAAAAUAAUUUUGGUACAUUGUGCACAACAAAUUUUUAACAAAAUGUGUAGUUCUAAGUCACAAAUGUUAUCAAUGUUUGCGGUUUCAAUCUCUUUAUAUAUA